CCGUUCCCACCCGGAAGUAGCUAAAUACUCGAGGACACGUUUUUUCUUUCUGUUUUGUUCAUGCAUUUUAGAACAACAUCUAAUAAUAAUACUGCGGUUUUAAACAGUUUUCAGCAUUGAUACAGUCAUUUAGCAGACUUAUAACACAGCAAACGAUGGAUGCUAUGGAUUACCCCCUCCUUUUCUCCUCCCUGCGCCUUUUGGUCCCACCUCUACGGCUAUUGUCUGCAUGUAUGUGGCAGGUAGCGCAUCAGAGGGCCAUCAAGCACUAUGGAAAGUUAGAGGAGUUUGUGACAGUGGUUACACAAACUGUCCCAGAACUUAUAACUGACAGACAGAGGACAUUACUUCUUCUGGCAUUAAGGGCAAGGGUAACUCUUCAGCUGUUUCAAGGUGAGCAUCCAGAAGACCUCAACAAAAUUAAGAUCCAUCUUGACAGAUUCUCAUCCUGUGGUCUUUCACAGAAUAAUGAUGCACAGAUGCAUGAGUUGGAAGAGAACUUCCUCAAGCUCACCAAAAACCUUCUUGAAGACCCAGUCGAGAGGAUCCAAUUCUUCAAGGCAGAUUUCCCUGUGGUGUAUGGCUGUGAUUUUGACAGAGCUUUGCAAGCACUUGUUUCUCAGUUCCUCUCCAGACUAGAAGAUCUGCUACCAGUGCCAGACCGUAAGCAGACUGCAUCCUGGCUCAGCGCUGUACCCUCUGCCUUGGAUGAGUGUCUGCAGUCUCUUUCUCACACAGAGGACCUGCAAUACCUGCUUCAGCACCACACAUGCUGUGGAAAGUUAGACAAACCAUUUCCCUCCUCGGCAGAAGACUGCAUCCUCGCUUCACUGUCCCUCCCUACCACAGUGGGAGUGGCAUAUACCUUUGACAGCAAAUUAGAUGUCUUGCUUAACUUGGAAGGCUCUACCCAUGUAAGCAGAGAGAUGGAAACUUUGUCAGACAGCAGAGAUUAUCAACAGGCAGAAUCAAGAGCAUGUUUAGAUGGAAACCAGAACAUUAAAGAAGACCGAGUGUCUACCAUGGGUAGCGAUGAUGAUGAAUGCACAGACAGAGGUGUGGAGGAGGAGAAUGAAAACACAAGUGCUGUGGGAAGGGUUAUUUCCGAAGCAAAGGACCAGAGGAGAUGUGAAGGGGCUGUUGGGGACCUGUGCGCUGCUGGAGCACCAGACCUCGCAGCCAACUCUCCAAUGGUCACCUCCAGUGUGGCUCAAAAACCCUCCAUAUUUCCCGCCCAACUUGCACUCAAAAUCAAAGGGGACCACAGAGUCAAUUCCUCCAAGAGAUCUAGAAAGAGCCCAGAAGGGAGGAUGGCUGAGUCCAGUGUGAACUCUGAUACACCUCUGCUUGAAUCCUCACAGGAAACGACUGGUGCUGAAGAAUCAAGACCAUUUUCUACAGACCAUGAUGACACAGAAGAGGAAAACAACGAACCUGCUUCAGGGGAGUCUACUCGGCUGUCUAGCUGCGCUCAACCACCACCUAGUGACGUAUCGCCAUCCUCGGAGACCCUAUCAAAAGCAUUGUCCACUGCACGGCGUAUUGCCAACAAGUGCUCCCAGUGUGGAAGGUGUUUUAUCUAUCCAUCUCAACUGGUUCAGCAUCAGCGAAUUCACACUGGAGAUCGACCCUACAAAUGCACCCAGUGCGGAAAGACUUUCAGUAAUUCAACUGGGCUUUCAAAACACCACCAAAAACACUGUCUAGACGCGACCUUCGAUUGCCCCAAGUGCGGAGAGAGUUUCAGAUCUCUCCGCGAGCGGUUCAAACACUUAUCUACUCACAAGUCCCUCAAAUGUCUGUUGUGUGGAAAGAGUUGCCAGACGACUUCUGAUUUGCGAAAGCACCAGCAAACACAUAGUGUGACGCCGUCGUUCAACUGCUCUCUCUGUGAAAAACGUUUCAAGUUCCUGUCAAGCCUAACCAGGCACAACAGGACCCAUUCAGUGGAGGGGGGGUAUGCUUGUUCCAAGUGUGGGAAAACAUUUGGCUCUUUAAGUGAACGGCUCCAACAUAAGAGGACACAUAGGGCACAGCUCAACUGUACGGAUUGCGGACGGAGUUGCAGUUCCCGCUCCGAACUAAAGAGUCACCAGCAAACUCACUCUCGUGAACCUCUCUUCAACUGUCGACACUGUGAAGACAAAUUCUUUGGGUCAGUUGAGCUGAAGAUCCACCAAAAAACUCAUGCAGUGGACAAACCCCAUCAGUGUGAUGCAUGUGGAAAGUGCUUUGGUGCCUUAGCCACACUUGUACUCCACCAACGGACACACACGGGGGAGAAACCCCACACAUGUCCUCGUUGUAAUAAGCAGUAUAUCUCCAAAAGUCAGUUGACUUCACACAUGCGGACUCACACGGGCGAGCGUCCAUACAGCUGCUCUUACUGUGGGAAGUGUUUCUCUCAGUUGGCUAAUCUUACUGUGCACACAAGGAUUCACACGGGGGAGAGACCUCACAUCUGCUCUCGGUGCAAGAAAGGGUUUUGCUCAGUCGGUGACCUGCAGAAGCAUGAGCGCUCUCACACCAAAGAGAAACCUUACAGGUGCACAGUUUGUGGAAAGGCCUUCACAGUGUCAAGUCAUUUGACGGUUCACAUACGCAGUCACACAGGAGAGCGCCCCUACACCUGCCCUGAGUGUGGAAAGAGUUUUGCGCAGAGCUCUGUCUUAACUAAACAUCAAUUCACCCAUACAGGAGAGAGGCCAUACCCAUGCCAUCACUGUGUAAAAAGUUACACCCGUCUCACACACUUGAAGAGACACCUACAAACACACACUUGAGAGUGUCCGGUGUGUUUUCCUGUUUUGGUUUCUUUCUGAAAAGCGUUACCAUGGAUUGCUGUUCCACUGUCUGUCAGUGUGUUAUGCUGAAUAACAUCAAUGUAUAACUGAAAACCAUGCUCACCAUGCCUUUUUGUGAAACUGUAGUUUGUGUACAUUACUGCCAACAUGGAUGGAAAAUAAACAUUUCAAAAUAUAAAAUAACCUCUUUCAGGUUAUAGUAUGUGUCAUAUAAAUGAGCCAUUUUUUGAUACUUUCAAGCUUGGGCCUGCUUCUCUCUGGACGUUUGGGCCUGCUUCUCUCUGGACGUUUGGGCCUGCUUCUCUCUGGACGUUUGGGCCUGCUUCUCUCUGGACGUUUGGGCCUGCUUCUCUCUGGACGUUUGGGCCUGCUUCUCUCUGGACGUUUGGGCCUGCUUCUCUCUGGACGUUUGGGCCUGCUUCUCUCUGGACGUUUGGGCCUGCUUCUCUCUGGACGUUUGGGCCUGCUUCUCUCUGGACGUUUGGGCCUGCUUCUCUCUGGACGUUUGGGCCUGCUUCUCUCUGGACGUUUGGGCCUGCUUCUCUCUGGACGUUUGGGCCUGCUUCUCUCUGGACGUUUGGGCCUGCUUCUCCCUGGACGUUUGGGCCUGCUUCUCCCUGGACGUUUGGGCCUGCUUCUCCCUGGACGUUUGGGCCUGCUUCUCCCUGGACGUUUGGGCCUGCUUCUCCCUGGAAGUUUGUGGUUUGAGUCAGUUUAUUUUGAAUGUAACAAAUGUCAGCAUAAAAACCAAUACAAAAACUGAGAAGACAAUAUUUGGUGUAAUUAUGGUCAUGUGCCUGCAGGGCCACUUUCAGUUGCCAAACUUUGCAGCGUUCGGGUUUCUUAUUUUUUCUCAUUUUAUUCAACUGUUACCAUGCACCUGCAAAAAUGUUAGCUCAGAUGUGCGAGUGCCUUUUGAAUUUGAACCACUAGGUAGCCUAGUGGUUAGAGCGUUGGACUAGUAACCGAAAGGUUGCAAGUUCAAAUCCCCGAGCUGACAAGGUACAAAUCUGUCGUUCUGCACCUGAACAGGCAGUUAACCCACUGUUCCUAGGCCGUCAUUGAAAAAAAAAAUGUGUUCUUAACUGACUUGUCUGGUAAAAAAAUUAAAUAAAAAAUAUUGUUUCA